UGUCCAAGAUUUAUUAUAAUUAUUAUUUCGUUUUAGACAGGCAGCUGAUGCUGGAUAUGAUAAUAAACUUCGUGCGCUCCACACUGCUGGAGAUCGAGUAUGAGAUGAACAAGACGGAUCCGAUACGGCAGAACAACAUCAACACCCCUGGCUUCGAAAUUGGCUUUGUCUUGAGGACCAUGGAAGAGUGCUACAGGAGAAUGAUAGACAUCUACAACUCUACGCUAACCACAGACCUGUACAACUUCGACGCUCACACGACGGACCUUAUCACAUUCCUCAAAUACGUCGAGAACUAUUACUGGAUUAUCAACCAUCUCGAGAAUAUGCUCCAUGAGAUUGAGAAGAAGCACAAACUUAAGAUGGCGGGAAUAUUCGAGAACUACCAUGAGUUCACGAUCCACUCGCCGACGACCAAGCGGAUCCGGUUUUCGUCCCAGUGGGUGGUGUCAAUGACCUCGCGCACGAAGCGGCCCAAGCAGACCUGGUGGAAGCUCGACUACGGCUGGGACCAGAUGGCUGCCUGGCGGUGACCACAAGGACUGUCCCGCACUUAUAAUUUCCUCUAUAUCUCUCUCUCUUCCCACAGAACAUUAUUUUUACUACAAUUAUAGUCAAAUUAUUUUUGAUGUUAACCUAAAUUACAGUUCACUAUAAGUGGAAAAUGGUCUGACCAAUAAACAAUGUUUAUUGGUCAGACCAUGUAGUUCCAGAUUUUAUAAACAUGCGAUGUUUAUUAAACAUCAUACUUACGAAUAAUGGUAUGCCAAGCUGCACUUGUAACAACAUUAUGAUCGAGCCACCUUUUACACCCAUUACAUUACUACGGCUGGGUCCAGAUGACUGCCUGGCGGUGACCACACUUAUAAAUAAUAUAAAUACAAACAAAAAAAUAGUAACACAUAAUUGUACAGUGAUUGUUCCUAUAACUAAGAAUUGUUAAACUUAUGAGAGAUGAUUUAUAUUUAUACAAAUGCCACAGCUAGGAUAGUUUCUGUGUUUAAUGCAAAAACAAGGAAUAAAUUGGUAAUUUAUUUUCAAUUAUUUACAGAAAUAAAGCUUGUAGCAAAUUCUU